CGCAACAUCAACAGCACUGAUUCGAACCAAUUUCAACCUCAUAGUGAAUAGAGAAGUCUUAGCAAUGUCUCCAUUACAACAGAUUAACGACAUCACUGCGAAGGGUCCAGCUGGCCUGGAAGAAGCAGACCGAGCAGCGUUGUUGCAAGCCGCACAAAAGCUUGUUGAAACAUUGGAAAACCCAUUUGAAAAGAUCAUCCGCUUGACAUUUGGCAUAUACGAUCCUAUCUCUCUCCGCCUCGCUAUAGACAUGAAUCUCGCAGACAUAGCGUUGGCCCACCGUGCGCCGAUCAGUCUUGAGGAAUUGGCAGAGAAGAGCAAAACGGACCUUGCAUUGCUCCAGCGAGUCCUCCGAAUGUUGAUACCUCUGGGUGUUUUCGUAGAAUCGGAGCCGUCCAAGUAUGCAGUUACGCCAUUCACGCCGGUGCUUGCCACCGGAUCUCCUGCAAGGGAAGCAAUAAUUCACUUCACGCAUGUAUCCCAUUCGACAGUUUUUAUGCCAGAAUACUUCGAAGCCAACGGAUAUAAGAAUCCGAAUGACUCUGGGGAUACACCGUUCAGUUUUGGCGAAAGAUGCCCAGGAGAAACAUACUUCGACUUUCUAGCGAAGCCAGAGAAUGCGAGGCUUUCUCAUGCCUUCAAUCAGACCAUGACAAUGCAGAGAGGCGACCCGAAUGCACCGUUCCCUGAUGGGUAUCCUGCUCAAGAUCGACUGAAGAUUGACGACCCAGAACGAGUAUUGUUUGUGGAUGUGGGCGGCGGCAUCGGCCACCAAGUGCAAAAGUUCCACGAAAAGUAUCCUUCAUUGUCUGGAAAGCUCGCUCUAGAGGAUCUUCCUCAAGUUCUCGAAAAGGCCAACGAUCUUCCAUCUGAUUUUAUCAAAGUCGGUCAUGAUUUCUUCACCCCACAGCCCGAUGCCGUCAAGAACGCCAAAGCCUUCUAUUUCCGCACAGUAUUACAUGACUGGCCAGAGAAGCAAUCCGUCACGAUCCUAAAGCAUAUAGCGGAUGUCAUGGCUGAUGAUUCGGUGAUCCUGAUUCACGAGAUUGUUCUCCCAGAAUCAGGUGUUACACAUCUAGAAGCCAAGAUAGAUUUGCACAUGUUGAACUUGGGCGCUCUAGAGAGGACAGAAAAGCAAUGGAGGCAGUUGGCGGCCCUUGUUGGUCUGGAUGUCAAUGGAAUCUGGAUGACAAAUGAGGAUUUGGGCCGAAGGGGAAUCAUUGAAUUAGGCAAGAAGAAAUGAGGCUGGGAGAGUUGACGCUACGUUCUUGACGAUUGGAAGGAUAAAGCCAUGUCGUAAUCACAGAUGAUUUAUAUGACCCCAUUUUUCCCAUGAACUUAGAUUGAUUGUAUGAUAUUAUUGCGCAACUUCGUAAAGAUAAAAGCAGAUACAGGCUGCAAGGUUACAUGCCUAAUUCAGAAUACCAAAGACGCCAUUGAACCUAAAAUCCGCAAAUCAAAAG